GUGAGGUGCGUUGGUGUCCGGAUGUCACUCCAAGAGGUCCCGACCAGCCACAGCAUCGGUCAUGGCGUCGCAGUACAGCGCCCCAUUCGAUGAGCAGGGGGAGGUGAGAGAGGGCUUCCUCUGCCCCUUGUGCCUGAAGGAUCUCCAGUCUUUCUACCAGCUGCAGUCCCAUUAUGAGGAGGAACACUCCAGUGAAGACCGAGACGUCAAGGGGCAGUUCAAAAAUCUGGUGCACAUUGCUAAGAAGGCGAAGAACAAGCUGCUGAAGAAGGAUGGAGCGGAGAAGGCUGAAGGUGGAUCCCAGGAGCGCUAUGAGGCGUACAGCUAUGGGGGAGUGGAUCCGCGUAUGUGGGACCCUCAGGAGAUCGGAGCGACUCGGACUCACCUCUCUGACUUUAAGCGGCACCGGGCGGCCAGGAUAGAUCACUAUGUGGUGGAAGUCAACAAACUAAUCAUUCGAUUAGAAAAGCUCACAUCGUUUGACCGUGUGAACACAGACUCCGCCAAGAUAAGAGCCAUUGAGCGUUCCGUGGUGCCCUGGGUGCAUGACCAGGAUGUACCCUUCUGUCCUGAUUGCGGCAAUAAGUUCACCAUGCGCAACCGACGCCAUCACUGCCGACUGUGCGGUUCCAUCAUGUGCAGGAAAUGCACCGAACUCGUCACCAUUCCAUUCGCCAACAAACUAACCAGCGCCAGUAAGCACUCGGCCUCCUCUCACGGUAGCCCCAAUCUGUCCCCUAACACCAGCGCCCAGACCUCGCGGCGCGGCAGCAUCAGCAGCCUCAGCAGCGUCAGUUCCAUCCUGGAGGAAAAAGACGACGACAAGAUCCGCUGCUGCCAGCACUGUAAGGACACCUUGCUCAAGCGGGAGAUGCAGAUGGAUGAGAAGGAGCACACGCCAGAGAUUGUCCGCCUCUACCAGAGACUGCGAACCUGCAUGGACAGGGUGGAUGAGAAGGCCCCUGAAUAUAUCAGGAUGGCCCAGUCUAUCAAUGCUGGUGAGACAACCUACAAUUUGGACCAUGCCAACAACCUGAGAGUGGAGGUGCAGAAGCUCUAUGAGUUGAUAGAUGCUUUAAGCAAAAAGAUCCUAAUUCUGGGAGUGAAUGAAGAGCCCAAACCUCACCCGAAAAACCUGCAGCUGCAGAAGAUGGUGCGAUACUCGGCCACGUUGUUUGUACAGGAAAAACUUUUAGGUCUCAUGUCACUGCCAACCAAAGAGAAAUAUGAAGAGCUGAAGGAGAAGCGUAAACAGGAAAAUGAACAAAAACUACAACGAGAGCGACAGGCUGCUCUUGAUGCCCAGAAGAAGGUUGAUGAGAGGAGGAGAGACGGCUUAUCUCGCCCCACAGACAAAGUAAACGGGGAGCUGCAGCAGAGGGGUCGUAUUCGAAAGGUGGAGGGGUGGCUACCUACGUCGGGUGCUCCUCGCAAUCGACAGACCUCAGACCCUCUUCUGCAGCAGAUCGAGAACAUCACCUCCUACAUCCGGCAGGCCCAUGAAGCUGGGAGAAUGGACGAGGUGCAUAUGCUGGAGGACAACCUGAGGUAUCUGCAGGAUGAAUAUGACCAGCAGCAGGUGGAGAGAGCCAUCCAGAUGUCCAAGGAGCUGGCAGAAGAGGAGGCCAUGCAGAACGAGCAGCUGGAGGUGCUGAGGGAAAGGGAGGAAAGCCGCGAGCUGCGCAAGGGGCUGACCCAGCACAACAGGACUCACUCGCUGGAUUUCCGAGAGCAGAUCCAGCCCAUCAGGUGGCAGGACAAGCAAACGGUGGCCCUGGAUCUUCAGCUCCCGGAACGAGACGCUAGCCCUGUAAAGACCUCUCCAGCAUUUUAUCAAAGGCAUUUAGAAAUUGUUCCUAACUUCCGUAUUUCCCCCGUUCUGCCGAGAGUGGAGGAGACCAAACCUGCUCUUCUAAACCCCUUUGAGGAAGAUCACCAUGAACCAGUGCCUGCUUCCUCCUCCUCGCACCUUAUUCAGCAGAACGGCACCAGAGAAUAUAACCCGUUUGACGAGGAUGAUGAGGAAAAGCCAGCGGAACAAGCCGAGAAAACUGUGGCCUCCACCAAUCCUUUUGAGGACUCUCCUGACCAUUCCUCUGAAGCUCCGGCCUCAAGAAAUCCUUUUGAGGAAGAUGACGGCGCUUGUCCGGGGAACCCGUUCGAGGAGCCUGACGAUCUGGAACCGAGCAAAGAGGAGGUGAUAGAAGAAGACCUACUGCUGCAGCAAAUCGACAAUAUCAAGGCCUACAUAUUUGAUGCCAAGCACAGCGGACGGAUGGACGAAGUGGAGGUCCUAACGGAGAACCUCAAAGAACUGAAGAAGACUUUGGCCAAGCAGAAAGGACAGGAAAAGUGACCAGCGAAGGGCAGAAGAUGAUUUCAAGUUCCUAUUAUUAGAUUCAUGUUACUCAUCCUUUCCAGACCAUCAUGCAUCUGAUUUUAUAGGUUUCUAACCAGCAGAACCUGUUACAUGAUUAUAUAUGUGUGCUACGGAAUAAUUCAUGGAGACCGUAUGGGCAGCAGAUGAACACAGAGCCGACGUUUCUCUCGUAUACAGGUGAAACC